UUGCAAGCUGUACUCGUAACGGAAGCUAACGGCAUACUUGUACACAUUCUGCCCGCUCAGCCAUUGCUAAACGGUGCAAUAACAAUAGCAACAACAAUAAAAACACGAAGAAGUAGAAGUAGUGCGGCAGGAAGAAGGCGGCUUUAGGUACUCGUCAAAAGUGCGUGCAGUUUGUCAAUCAGAAUCAGAGCAGAAUAAGAAUAAAAAUAAUCACAAUAACCAUCGGAUGAAUCGUAAAUAGCCGCCGCCGCUGUUCAAGCCACUUGAGAUUGAGAUUCGUGGGUGCGCGUCUGCGUGUAUCUGCGUUUGUAUAAGUGCGUGCGUGAGUUUGCCGCAAAAGUUUAUAAUCGUAGCGUGCGUAUACUCGUAUAUGCCUCUUUAUCCUUGAAAACGCAAUUGUGCGCUUGAAAAAUGUCUGGCUGGCAUUUCUGCCGCAAGUGAAAGGCAGCAACAAGGCGAAAAAAUUUGCAACACCGUUUCGCUCACUCUGUGUACGUGCAUAUAUGUAUGUGAAUGUGUACUCGUAUGUGUGCUCGUGUGUUUUUGUUUGUUCAACAGUCGCAAAUGUCCUCACUCAACACAUUGUCAGGACAACUGUGAACGCCUGUGUGAGCGCCAACUAAAACGUCGACGACGAAAAACAAUAGUCCACACAAGUGAUGAAGGAAAGUGAAAGCACAACCCACUCAACUCAACUCAACCAAACCAAACUAAACUUAACUAAGCUAAGCCAAGCUAUAUCUAACUGAACUGAACUGAACUGAACUCGAGUCAGUCGGACAACCAACCGGAAAACUACGCAGAACGGAACGGAAGCAAAAAAGCAUAAUCAACGCAAAAAACUGCGAGCUUGUGUGGAAGUCUUCAAUAACCACGAUUAGAAGCGGCUGUCACCAAACACCUUAACCUGUACCAAGAAUCUGCUGUCGAUUCACGCAGCAGUAACGAGGGAUUUUCUGUGCAAGGAGCCGGGAAGAAACAAUUCAUCAUCUCUGUGUUGCUGUCCAUUGUAGUUGUUGCCAUUGAGGAAGAAAAGAAAACAAAGCAAAAACAUCGCUACAACAAAUUGAAUGUAAUUUCAUAAAAAGCGAGUGUUAAUUUUUUGCCAUUGAAGCUUCCUUGCUGGGCAACAGUGGCAACAAUAUAUAGCUUAAUGUGCUUAUGCGCAUUGACAUGAAAAAUGAUGGAGAGCCUGCAUACAACAAUGGCUGGGCACAGGCAGACAGCGGAUACAAGGAGCGCCAACAAACUAGCUAACUUAUAGAGGGAGAGAGGGAAAAAAAUAACACCAACGUAGUGGAAACUACACGCAUUGCUAGACACUCACCCGCACAACCAUAAACUCAUUGUCGCAUUGUUGGCGCGUGUGUGGAGCAAGGCACGGAAAGCGUAAGAGUUAGAGUAAGAGUAGCAUUGACAAGCGGCAACAAAGGGAAGCUGAGUAGCAGCAACAACAUCAAGUCACAGUAGCAGUGGCAGGAGCAGUACAAGAACGCUGCACAUCGAAGUAGCACCAUUUAUCAGCGCAUCAAGCCAUACACACACACUAACCCCAGAGGCAGCCGGCAUAUGCGUGUGUGUGUGUGGGUGUGUGUAUGUGUGCACAAGGCAGGCCGUGCUUUUGUGUCGCCAUAGUUGAAAGCAUAGAACGCGUUCAUUCAAAAACCCAUUAGCCCUAAUAAGCGUAACAACAACAGCAGCAGUAGCAGCAGAAGCAGCAGAAGAAGAGAAAGAAGCCACAGCUUCGUUGUUUUCCUUUGAUUGUCAUUGAAGUAACACGAAAAGAUUGCCACAAAUGUUGCCGCCACGACUGCGAUUGCGUAUACCAAUGCAUUUCAUGGAACUGCGCCUCAUUUUACUCUGCCUGCCAACACUAUUGCUGGCGACCACAUUGGAGCCAGAUCAAAAGUCAAUACUCACAGAUAACGAUUGGAAAAAACUAUGGAUGCGCGGCGGUAUAAAUCCCGAUUCAAAAUUGGAUAAUAAUCUCGACUCCAGCGACAGUCCAAUGUUCGAGGACAGCGAGCUGAUGGCGCACAAUACAACAGUCCAGUUGGGUGGCACCGCCUUUCUCGUCUGCAAGGUCUCCGGAGUGGAUAGAGUGGGUGUAAAUUGGAAUCAAAUUUCUUGGAUACGCCGACGGGACUGGCACAUAUUGUCCUCGGGCGCCCAGUUAUAUACAAACGAUGAGCGUUUUGCGAUAUUACACACUCCCGGCUCCAACAUGUGGACGCUACAGAUAAAGUUUGUGCAGCGUCGGGAUCACGGCAUGUACGAGUGUCAGGUCUCUACACCAACUGGCAUCAUCUCGCACUUUGUGAAUCUGCAAGUGGUUGUGCCAGAGGCCUUCAUACUCGGCUCCGGCGAACUGCAUGUCGACAUGGGCUCAACAAUCAAUUUAGUUUGCAUUAUUGAAAAGAGCCCCACACCACCGCAAUAUGUGUAUUGGCAGAAGAACGAUCGGCUCAUCAACUACUACGACUCCAGGCGGGACAUUUCAAUUGAGACCACACCGGGUCCGCGCACACAGAGCCGUUUGAUCAUUCGCGAGCCGCAAAUCACAGACUCCGGUAAUUAUACCUGUUCAGCCAGCAACACGGAACCAGCGAGCAUUUAUGUGUUCGUCUCAAAAGGCGACAAUAUGGCGGCUAUCUCACGUCGCAAAACCUCCUCGGCUGAUCGCAUUACGCACAUAUUUAGGUCGAUGCUGGCGCCCUGUGUUUUGCUGAAUACGGUCGUUGUAAGACGCAUUUUCUUGACUUAAGACUUUUAAAUGAUAUGCAAACAAAACAAAAAGGUACAUAAAUAAAUAAAAAUAAAAUAAAUGAAACCACAUUACAGCGCAAGCAAAACGGAAUAUAGUAAAAUAUGAAGAUGAAUCCUAUUUAAGCUAUUUGAAUGUUAGUAAUAAAUGAAUGCAACAAAGGAGGAAGUUAAUAAGAUAUGCAUAAAGUAAACCAAACAAGACAAAACAAAAGGUAAUAGUGUAAUUCAUAAACUAAGUCUGCAUUCAAUUGUAUAAAUAAUUUAAAUGAUAACUCACAGCUAUGUGUGUAUGUAUGCAAGGCAUUUACAUCAAUUUAAGAUAAGUCGUCUAAGUUUAGUUGAUUUAUUUUCCAUAAGCCCAUAAAUGUGUAUAGUAUGUUAUAACGGUUUUUAAAUAUAUUACAAAUCCAUGUAUCUGCCAACGAGAUGCAUUAGUUAAAGUACCACAGUUUAAAGUAAAAGGAUCAUUGUGCGUAAAAUAUGUAUGUCUGAAACCGAUGCCAUUGUCAUUUCCUUAAUUGCAUUUAUAGUUUUGCAUUUUGCAUUUGCCUUGCCAAGCCAAAAGUUGGCUCUAAAUUCUGUUUGAUUUCCAGUUGGGCCCACACAAAAGCUUACUUCGUUUUUAAUUAACUGGGUAUAUGCGAAGCAUAUGAACUCGUUUUUCUUUUUAAUUGAACAUUCUGUCCAAAUAUCGUUCAGUAUUUCUUUCAGUUAUGUCCCACUUUUCCACUCCUUUGUAUUCUUCUCCAAUAGGCCGCCACACUUUUAUGGCUAACUCACACAUUGAUUAAACACUCAUAAAAACAAAACGAUGUCAUAAAAUACAAUCUGCAUAAGUAGCCAAUUUCA